UUGACCGUUUUGGUACAGAAAGAACUGAUCGCGGUAGGCGAAUACCGUCCCAUCAGCAGUGUCUGGGAAGGCAACGACGGGGAAUUGAUAGAGAAUCUGCUGCAAUUCUAUGCGUCGAUCCCCCCGGAGCCGAUCCUGGACGCGACAUACAACAGAGGGCGGUUUUGGAAAGGCUCGUCACGAAACGUCGUAUCGAUGGAUAUCAACCCGAAAUUCGAGCCGAUGAUCGUGGGCGAUAAUCGGGUGAUGGAAGGGGUGCCGGAUGCUGCGUUUGGAGCUGUCGUGUACGAUCCGCCACACGUCGGCCCACAAGGCAGGGACAAGAGCAGCAAGAAGUUCGAUGAGGAUUUUGGCGCCACGGUCGCCUGCGGGAAAGAGCAUGACUGGAGCCUGAGCUACCUUUACCCGCCGUUUUUGGCCCAGGCGAAGCGGGUUUUGAAACCGGAAGGCCUGCUUUUGGCCAAGAUUACCGACAUGGUCAAUAGCCACCGUGCAAAGUGGAGCCACUGUGACUUUAUGCGCAUGGCGGACGAUGCGGGAUUUACCGUUUGCGAUUUGAUCGUCAAGAUUCGAACGGGACCGAUGGUGUCAACCAAGUGGUCCACCGCGCAUCACGCCCGCAAACGGCACUGCUUUUGGAUCAUUUGCAGAAACAGUUCCAGGUGCGAGCGGUAG